UCUUUUGUGCUGGGGUUCCAUCCAGCUGGAAUUCUUAGACACUCCCUCGGUUCUUCCCUCCUACCCCAGUGUUUCCUGCUCUGCUGAAUUCUUCAUGCAGGUAUACAAAUUUGCUCUCUCCUCUCUGACGGCCAACAGCAAAGAUGGAAAAAGUAUGACUCAGGACAGUAAUUUUCCACCACCAUACAACUAGCAAGUGGAGGAACCAGAUUCAGAGGCAGAAACAUGCAGUGGCUCGAAGAGUUUGCAGGGUGUGGUCCUGGGGGACAAGCACAAAACCCUGAGAUCACAGCUUUGAACCCAUGGUCAAAGUCUCAUCUCAGUGUGGAAGUGUUGGUUGGCACCUGUACGUGAAUGUCUCUUGGUGUUGCCGUAAUUCCCAGUUCCAUUGGCAGUUUUCUGGUCCUUGAAUGGUUUGUGGGGUGAAUGUUUGGAGAGGACAGUAAAAGAGUUCUGGAUUCAAAUCGUAUUUCCACCUUUUGAAUUAACCCUGUUAUGAUAGUUGUUGGUUCAGGAAUAAGCACAAGAUCCAGGGCAAGCCAAUUGGAGCCACUCUGUAUUUCCAUCAGCAUCACAUCAAUGAAGCCAGGGGCUCCUGAAUGCCCACAGCCACUGCACCAUCACAGGAAGAACCCAUCAUUGAGGAGAAAGCCUGUAACAGAAAGAGGGAAGCGAGUCCUUGUCACUCCCGUGCUCGAUCAUGUCUACUAGAUGGAAGAUUUCCUUGGUAUCCCUGUGUUCAUUCCUCAUCAUUCUAUAGGAUCCAGGUUUCUAAUACGACAGGAAUAUGGAACAGGGAGGAAUAUGGUCUUGCCAAGAGAUGGAAUGAGCAAUCUACCAGCGAGUUUCCUGGGAUACAGUCUCCCUUCCUGGUUGGGUGCCCUUGAUUUUCACUCCUAGAGGACAAACUUCUUUCCAGUGGUCCUGGCUAAAGACAAUAAUGGCCAGCUCUGGAAUAUCUCACUGCCACUGGUAAGAAGCAGCUGGGAAGAUGAUUUGAAAAUGGGGCUCACAGGAUGUGCUGAUGCUGGAUGUGAAGUGAGGGAAAGAGAAGUUUCAUGGAAAACUCUAAGGUGUGACAAUCAAAAAUGUCUGCAGAUAUUGUCCAACAUCUGUUGGGAAGCAAAGCCACCACCCGUUGAGAGCCACUGCUGCAAGCGGAAGUGCCAGUGAGGCUGCAGAUUCAGUUCUGCCUCUGAGUGUCCCUGGGUAUCCAAGCAAGGACAGGAACGAUGAAGCAUCGUGUGUGUUAGUCGCAGCCUUUUGAACCACUCCAGAAGGAAACCAACAGUGUGGACAAGGCUGGAACCAUCGCCACGCUUGCUUGUUGGAGUAAAUGAGGAAUGGACCUGUGAUUAUGCUGACAUUCCAGCAUGAAUCUGGUAGACCUGUGGUUAACCCGCUCCCUCUCCAUGUGUCUCCUCCUACAAAGUUUCGUUCUUAUGAUACUGUGCUUUCAUUCUGCCAGUAUGUGUCCCAAGGGCUGUCUUUGUUCCUCUUCUGGGGGUUUAAAUGUCACCUGUAGCAAUGCAAAUCUCAAGGAAAUACCUAGAGAUCUUCCCCCUGAAACAGUUUUAUUGUAUCUGGACUCCAAUCAGAUCACCUCUAUCCCCAAUGAGAUUUUUAAGGACCUCCAUCAGCUAAGAGUUCUCAACCUGUCCAAAAACGGCAUUGAGUUCAUUGAUGAGCAUGCCUUCAAAGGAGUAGCUGAAACUUUGCAGACUCUGGACUUGUCUGACAAUCGCAUUCAAAGUGUGCACAAAAAUGCCUUCAAUAACCUGAAGGCCAGGGCCAGAAUCGCCAACAACCCCUGGCACUGCGACUGUACUCUCCAGCAAGUUCUGCGGAGCAUGGCCUCCAACCAUGAGACAGCUCACAAUGUGAUCUGUAAGACUUCUGUGUUGGAUGAACACGCCGGGAGACCGUUCCUCAAUGCUGCCAAUGAUGCUGACCUUUGUAACCUCCCUAAAAAAACUACUGACUAUGCCAUGCUGGUCACCAUGUUUGGCUGGUUCACCAUGGUGAUCUCCUACGUGGUGUAUUACGUGAGGCAAAAUCAGGAGGAUGCACGGAGACACCUUGAAUACUUGAAAUCCCUGCCAAGCAGGCAAAAGAAAGCAGAUGAACCCGACGACAUUAGCACUGUGGUAUAGGGUCCAAGCCGACUGACGCUGAGAACAAAAUUUGUUUUGCUAUUGCUGUAGAAUAAGUGGUUUACUUCUCCCACCCAUUGUAAACAUUUAAAACUUUGUAUCGCAACUUCUUUUGAAUCAUGCCACUGUCAAACUUUUAACAAACAUGACAACAUAAAUACUUUUAGUUUAGGUGAUCCACCCCUUAACUGUACCCCCAGUGGUAAAUUCCUGAGUAAGCUACUAUCUGAAUAUUAGUUAGAUCCAUCUCACUAUUUAAUAAUGAAAUUUAUUUUUUUAAUUUAAAAUCAAAUAAAAGCUUAACUUUGAACCAUGGAAA